AUGGUAAUACGGGCAAUCUGCCUCCUACACCUUGCACAUUUCACAUUUUGCUGCUUGUUGGAAAAUGGCAGGAGUGCAGUGUACCUAUCAGUCGUGGAAGAUGUGAAACCUGGUGACGUUAUUGGACAUCUACCCAUCGAAGGAAAGACUAAUGGUACGAAACCCGAUAUCCAACUACGAAUUGUGAAAGGAAGUGACAUUGCUCGCAUAGUGCCUGGCUCAAAGGAUCUAGUCAUUGAGAAGGAGCUGGAUAGAGAUGAGGGACAAGGAAAAUUUGAGUUAGUGGUAGAAUGCAUCUCUCAGAAUCUCGACAGCGACUUCAGUCAGCUAAACAUCUCAGUAUUUGUCACCGUGCAAGACGUCAACGACAAUGCACCAGUCUUUGACUUACCUGAGUAUAAUAUUACUAUUAAGGAGGAGUUACCUCAAGAUACCAUCGUUUUUACCGACUUCGAAGCGACGGAUCGCGAUCAACCGGGUCCAAACAGCUUCAUACUUUAUUCGAUAGCUCCAGGUCCUCAUUCGGAUCUACUCGGAAUUGCUGACCCAUUCAGACCAGUUGUUACGAUAAAAAACCGCAUCGAUUACGAAAAAAUCCGAAGUUUUGAUGUAAUUUUGGAAGCCCGAGACCAAGGUGAACCAUCAUUGUCAACCUCGGCGCCACUUCACGUCACCGUUGAAGACGUCGAUGAUCGCCCUCCUUAUUUCCGACAUCAGUACUACACAUGCCAUAGCAUUAAAGAA